UCUCAACUUCACCCAGGCCCAGGUGUUCCAGUUUCGUUUGAAGUGCUUCUCUCCGAGGAUUAGCCCCUGAAAUAAGUCCAUAUCAAAACAAUCAUGCUGACCGCCUGCCAAGUAACGCUGCUCGCUGGAUGCCUAAUUCUGGCUAUGAGUUCGGUACGGGCUCAGUUCUUCUACCACCAGGGAUUGGGUCUGCCCGUUGCGCACUCAUAUGAACCGGCCAAUCCGUACCAAGGAUAUGCCACAGCCGAUGCCCAUCCUUCGGUGGUCCGAAAUGCCCAGUGGGAGUCAGAGUUACCAGCUGAACUAUCAAAAAGUGCGAGAUUCUAUAAUAAUCCCGUGAUCGCCGCCAAUCUGGCCAAGGAAUCCCUUCUGACGAAGAAGGAAAAUGCCGUCGUGCAUCGUGAAGCUGAGAAAAUUCCACGGGAACAGGUCUACAAGCUGUUCAAGAACGCUGGCUAUCUGAAUCGCAGAUAGAAAUCUAAAACCUGCCGUCGUACCCAGAUUAGUUCCGUUUCCCACGUGCCUUGUUGUAUUUUAGCUUGUAAAUUGUUAAUAUAUUGUACAUACAUAUUAAAUGAUUUCUCUAUAAA